GCCCCCGGAGGUGACGUUAAGGCCCGCCCUCUGAGGAAGUGACGACAGGAGUGCCCUUGACAGGGAGGGCUGGGUUGUGCAUCCCUCCGCUGGCGGUGCAGGGAGAUGGCUCAGCGACUUCUCCUGAGGAGGUUCCUGGUGUCGGUCAUCUCCAGGAAGCCCUCUCAGGGUUGGUGGCCACCCCUCACCUCCAGAGCCCUGCAGACCCCUGGUGGCCUGACUGUAACACCCAACCCAGCCCGGACAAUAUACACUACCAGGAUCUCCUUGACAACCUUUAAUAUCCAGGAUGGCCCCGACUUUCAAGACCGAGUGGUCAACAGUGAGACGCCAGUGGUUGUGGAUUUCCAUGCACAGUGGUGUGGACCCUGCAAGAUCCUGGGGCCGAGGUUAGAGAAGAUGGUGGCCAAGCAGCACGGGAAGGUGGUGAUGGCCAAGGUGGACAUUGAUGACCACACCGACCUUGCCAUUGAGUAUGAGGUAUCGGCGGUACCCACUGUGCUGGCCAUGAAGAAUGGGGACGUGGUGGACAAGUUUGUGGGCAUCAAGGAUGAGGAUCAGCUGGAGGCUUUCCUGAAGAAGCUGAUUGGCUGACACACAGGGGCGAGUCUUGAUUCCCUUGCCCAUGCGCGGGACCCCAGUAGAACUCAGCCCUUCCAUGCCGGCCCUUCCUGUCACCUCCCUCCUGUCUGGCCCCUGGGGCCUGUGCUUAGAGUCCGGGCUCCAGCCAUGAGUGCUUCCGAGCUGGCGGACCACCCAGGGGCUGCCAGAGGAUGGUGCUGCUGCUGAUCGGGGAUGACCGCUGUCUUCCUUCCCACACACCUUUCGUCCCCUCCCUCUAGGGCCUGUGGCAGUUCUCCCAGGAUGCGUGGAGAGAGCCCGGGCCAGCCCACAGCGCUCCUGUUCAGGCAGCCACACCUUGGUCCUCGUCUCUGGUCCCUUCUGAUCUGAAGCCUCGUGGCUGGCUCAUCUGCCACCUGCAUUUCUCUUUCCUGUUGUUGUUUUGUAAAAAGAAAAAGGAAGCCCAAACUAGCGAGAGUAAUAGAUAAUUCUCUCAUUUUUUUUUGUAGGUCUGUAAUAAAACACUUAGUCAUCCCUUCCACCUCCUACUGUGAAGAGCAGACCCUGGGUCCCACACUGAAAUCCUCUGUGGUCGCCCAUCCGCACACCCAGGAAGCCCCCCUCCCACCUAGCCUCCCAGGCAGAGGGGCAGAAAAUCAGUGAUGGGCUGGGGAGCCCUGCAGAGCCUUGACCCUGAAAGGCUUGAGGCAUCUCGUUCACUUGUUCGCUGGCCUGUUGGUUCUCUGAGCAGGGGACUUAACUGUGAGCAAAUCAGACCAAUAAAGCAAGGGUCUGCAGUGUC